CCGGCCCCGCCGCCUGCAGAACGGAGCCCGAGCGGGGAUUUGGACCGGGCUCGGCGGCCUCCGGGCGGCUGGUCUACCCCGAGGUCGGGCCUGGGCGUGAGCGCCGCCCCCGGGGCCGCACUGUCGCGGCCGACGCCCGAGCCAAGAAACCGACAAGGCUGAGCUCUGCAGCCCGGGGAGAUGGAGAAAUCAAUUAUUCUAUUGCUCUGGGUACAAUAUGUUGUUAAGAUCUCAAAAAGUUUCUGUUUUAUGAAUAAUCGAACAACAGUUGUUAUUGAAUGGGAUGAAUUUCCUAAGGGAAAAAGUCCUGAAUUUUAUUUUUUAAAAUACCAACUUGUUAAUAAUUUUGCUGAAAAAACUAUCAAAAGCAUUUUUAUAAACUCACAAGAGCUUUCAAAAGCAAUAACAAUAGAAGAAAAUGAAGACUAUCACAUUAUUCUACAGUCCAUAAAAUAUGGACAAAUUUUAAGUGAAAAGUCAUUUAAAACCCGUGGUUUCUCAACUAGCAAUAUUAAAACAGUAGCAACAAGCACGAGUGUUUCUUUUAACUGGAGUGUGCUGUCUUCCAAUGACAUUUCAGUGUCAAUAUCUCUCAAUAACUCUUUACAAGUUAUGCAAAAUAAUGUUACAGUUUAUGAGUGGGAUAAUUUAAAACCUGCAACCUUAUAUACUUUUGAAUUUGAACUUAAACAGUUGCAUUUGGAUUUUAUAAAUACAUUUCAGAGACUGGAUGUUCAAGUAGAAACAGGCUCAUGUUCACCAGGAUGGAUAGCAUUGAGAAAUAGCUGUUACAAAAUUAGCAAAGAGAGUAAGCCAUGGAAUAUAGCCCAGCGACACUGUAGAUUAUCCUUAAGUUCUGCACACCUUGUGGAUAUAAAAAAUGAAGAGGAAAAAAAAUUUGUAUCUUUACUUCUCAGGUCAAAGAAUCAAAUAAUAAUAUGGACUGGUCUUAAUGAUUUGAAGAAAGAAGGUCAUCUCACGUGGACAGAUGGAUCAUCUUUUGGCCUUAAGAAGAAUGAAAUCUUUUCUUUUCCACUGCUACCCAAGAAUGAAACAGAUUGCUAUGUUUUACAGCAAAAUGCAACUGGAUCAAACUAUUUCUUCACAAGAUUUUUCUGUUAUGUUCCAUUGCCGUAUAUUUGCAGAUAUGACUCACCUUCUCUGCAGGAAAACCUUUUGAUCUAUAUAAAGGAUGUUGGAACAACUGAAGUUGUAUUUGGUUGGCAUAAUUUGAAUGCUUGGAAUAAUUUGAAUAAGUGGCUAAAACUGGGAUAUAAAAUUAUCAUUAAAUAUUAUUUAGAUUAUACAGAAGAAAAAUAUUUUGAAAGCAUAUCCCCAAAUUCUAUGGAAAAAAGAAUUACCCAGUUGUUUCCUGGCCAUACUUACAGAUUUUUAUUCUUUGCAAUAAACGAAUGGGAGGCAAAAACUAUGUUAAGUUCAGUGUUCAUUGUUGAAACACGCCCGUUAUCAGCUCAAAAUAUCACAGUUACACAUGUGACCCCAACAGAAAUAUUUUUACACUGGAAUCCUCCAGAUCUUGCAUCUUUUCACCAUUAUCUUGUGACUAUUUUGAAUGUGGAAAACAAUAAAUCAGAAGAGAUGUUUGUUGAAAAACUCAACACAUCAGUGAAAAUCGGAGAUCUCAAACCUUUCCAUCAUUAUCUGAUAUAUUUAUUCAGUGUAGGGGAAAGAGGAACUUUAGGAUGCUCUGAGAGACCUAUUUCAGCCAUUACAGGUAUUAAUCCUCCUCAGAAAGUUCAUGCUAACCCUGAAGAUGUAGGAGAGGACAGUAUAAUUCUUCAGUGGGAAUCCCCACAAGAUGGCCACGAGGUCUAUAUUCAAAUCAGACCUGUAUCGGAUACAAGAGAAGUCAUGAAGCUUUUUGUAAAGGAGGCUAAUAGAUUCAAGUUUGAUAAUUUAACCCCUGGAAUGACAUAUGACAUUGGAAUGGCAACAGUGAUGAAUGGGAACUUGAGUGAGCUGGUAACUAUUCAACAAACUCUAAAGCCCAAGCCAGUCCAGAUUGUCAUCCCAUAUGAAAGUCAUAGCACCUCUGUAAUCUUAUUUGUUCAAAUGCCUGAUAUUGGAGUGUUUGAUGGCAUACAUAUUGCAAUCGAAGGAGGGCCAAAUGUAACUAAGCUCUUGAAACAUGACAAUAAAAUAACUGUUGGCAAUUUAACCCCAGGCACGGAGUAUAAUUUCUUUGUUUCCAUCACCAGUGGGACUAAAUUAAGUAAUAUGUAUUACGUGCCUGCAGUAAAAACAUGUCUGGAAGCACCAUCAAAUAUCCAUGAGGGCAAAGUAACAGACUCUUCCAUAGAAAUUCUCUGGAAUCGAGCUGAUGGGAAUUUUCAGCAUUAUGAAAUCACAUGCAUGAACUGUACUGCUGCUUUCAUGGUCCAGAAGGUAGUUCAAGAAGCAGCAACAUUCUCUAACCUGGAUCCUGCCACAGUGUACACUUUCUCAAUUCGCACUGAAAAAGAAGGUUUUAAAGACAGCACUCCUCAUAUAAAAGAAAUACAGACAGCCCCAAGUGCAGCUGAAUUUAUGAACCAUAGUAGAAACUCCAGUGCAAUAACUGUUAGCUGGCCAUCAGCUAGAAGUCUUCUGGAUGGAUACAUCAUUUCAAUAUCCAGCAAAAGCUUAAUGAAAGAGGAAGUCCUCCUGUCUUCCACACAAAGGACCUUCACAUUUAAUAGCCUUGCUUCAGGGACUGACUUUUUAAUUAGCAUUAUAACUACCAAGGGACUGAAGAGAAGCCAUCCUACUGUCCUCAUGGUUAGCACUUAUCCAGACCCACCAUCAGAUUUGAUGAUUUUGGAGCAGGAAGAAAACACAAUAUAUUUGUCUUGGAAACUUCCACAAGGAGGCUUUGAAAAGUUUCAGAUAUCCUAUAGUAUGGCAUCUAGAAAGGAAAAGAUAUUUAAAAUAAUUGUAUAUGGUAACAAAGCCAAAGUAAAGAAUUUGAUUCCAGGCAUGGACUACAUGUUGGACCUGAAGACAGUUAGAGGCAAAGAUUACAGUUUAUCUGCAAUGAAGAAAGUGGCUACAAAACCAUCUAGGAUAUGUGGCUUAACGUUAAAAGCUGUGAAUACUACUUCUGCCAAUUUAAUGUGGAAUCCAACAGAGACCAACUUCACUCAUUACAAGAUUUAUAUAUCAAACAGAACAUUUGUACAAGAAUAUCUUAUUUGGGGAAUUAUUACAGAGCACACAGUUACAGAUCUGACUCCUGGUGGAAUAUAUAACAUCACAAUACAUAGAAUGAGAGGCAAUGUUGAAGGACCUGGCACAUUUAUCAGAGUUGUUGCAGAACCAGAAAAACCCCAGAAACUUAAAGCCUUCAAUAUUUCUGUGCAUUCCUUUUCUCUGUACUGGAGCCUGCCCUCUGGCCAUGUGGAAAGGUUUCAUGUGGAUCUUGUUCCUGACAGUGGCUUUGUUACUAUCAAAGAUCUUGGAGGUGGAGAGUAUCAGGUUGAUGUUUCCAAUGCGGUUCCUGGUACUAGGUACGAUGUAACUAUCUCUUCUAUUUCUGCUACCACAUACAGCUCACCUGUUAGUAGAACAGUGACAACGAAUGUAACAAAACCAGGGCCUCCAGUCUUCCUAGCAGGAGAAAGAGUUGGAUCUGCUGGGAUUCUUCUGUCUUGGAAUACACCACCUAAUCCAAAUGGAAGGAUUAUAUCUUACAUUGUGAAAUAUAAGGAGGUUUGUCCAUGGAUGCAAACAGAAUACACACAAGUUAGAACAAAGCCAGAUAGUCUGGAAGUUCUUCUUACUAAUCUUAAUCCUGGAACAACAUAUGAAAUCAAGGUUGCUGCUGAAAACAGUGCUGGUAUUGGAGUGUUUAGUGACCCAUUUCUUUUCCAAACUGCAGAAAGUGCUCCAGGAAAAGUGGUGAAUCUCACAGUUGAGGCCUUUAACUAUUCUUCAGUAAACCUGAUUUGGUAUUUACCUUGGCAACCAAAUGGCAAAAUAACCAGCUUCAAGAUUAGUGUCAAGCAUGCCAGAAGUGGGAUAGUAGUGGAAGAUGUCUCCAUCAGAGUAGAAGACAUUUUGACUGGGAAGUUGCCAGAAUGUAAUGAGAAUAAUGAAUCUUUUUUAUGGAGUACAACCAGCCCUUCUCCAACCCUUGGUAGAGUUACACCUCCAUCACGUACCACAUAUUCAAGCACGUUGGCAAGGAGUAAGAUAAGCUCUGUGUGGAAAGAGCCUAUAAGUUUCAUAGUGACACAUUUGAGACCUUAUACAACGUAUCUUUUUGAAGUUUCUGCUGUUACAACUGAAGCAGGUUAUAUUGAUAGUACCAUUGUCAGGACACCAGAAUCAGUGCCUGAAGGACCACCACAAAAUUGUGUAACAGGCAACAUUACAGGGAAGUCCUUUUCAAUUUCAUGGGACCCACCAAAUGUGGUAACAGGGAAAUUUAGUUAUAGAGUUGAAUUAUAUGGACCAUCAGGUCAGAUUUUGGAUAAUAGCACAAAAGACCUCAAGUUUGCGUUCACUAACCUAACACCAUUUACAGUGUAUGAUGUAUAUGUUGCCGCUGAGACCAGUGCAGGAAUUGGACCCAAAUCAAAUAUUUCAGUAUUCACUCCUCCAGAAGUUCCAGGUCCAAUAUUUGAUUUACAACUUGCAGAAGUAGAAGCCACACAAAUAAGAAUUACUUGGAAGAAACCACAACAACCAAAUGGAAUCAUUAACCAAUACCGAGUCAAAGUGCUAGUUUCAGAGACAGGAGUAAUUCUGGAAAAUACUUUGCUCACAGGAAAAGAUGAGUAUGUAGAUGCCCCCAUGACUCCAGAAACUGUAAACAUAGUAGAGUCAAUGGCAGAAUUAUUUGAGGGUUCAGCAGAGAUAUCUUCAGACCUGUACUCGCUUGCUUCAGCUAUAUAUAACAGUCAUCCCCAUAAUAACUUUCCUGCGAGAAACAGAGCUGAAGACCAGCAUUCAGCAGUUGGAACAAGGAAUCUGUAUAUCACUGACAUUGCUGCUGAACAGCUGUCUUACGUUAUCAGGAGACUUGUACCUUUCACUGAGCACAUGAUUAGUGUAUCUGCUUUCACCAUCAUGGGAGAAGGACCACCAACGGUUCUCAAUGUCAGGACACAUGAGCAAGUGCCAAGCUCCAUUCAAAUUAUAAACUAUAAAAAUAUUAGUUCUUCAUCUAUUUUGUUGUAUUGGGAUCCUCCAGAAUAUCCCAAUGGAAAAAUAACUCAUUAUACAAUUUAUGCAAUGGAACUGGAUACAAACAGAGCAUUCCAGAUGACUACUACAGAUAACAGCUUUCUCAUAACAGGGUUAAAGAAAUACACAAAAUAUAAAAUGAGAGUGGCUGCCUCAACCCAUGUUGGAGAAAGUUCUUUGUCUGAAGAAAAUGACAUCUUUGUAAGAACUCCAGAAGAUGAACCAGAAUCACCACCUCAAGAUGUGGAAGUUAUUGAUGUUACUGCAAGUGAGAUAAAUUUGAAGUGGUCACCACCUGAGAAACCCAAUGGGAUUAUUGUUGCUUAUGAAGUGCUGUAUAAAAAUACGGAUACCUUGUUUAUGAAGAACACCUCAACCACAAACAUAAUUUUAAGGGACUUAAAACCUUACAACCUCUACAACAUUUCUGUCCGGUCAUAUACCAGGUUUGGUCAUGGCAAUCAGUUAUCUUCUUUACUCUCUGUAAGAACUUCUGAGACUGUGCCUGAUAAUGCACCAGAAAAUAUUACUUACAAAAACAUAUCUUCUGGAGAGAUUGAGCUAUCAUUCCUUCCCCCAAGUAGUCCUAAUGGAAUCAUACAAAAAUAUACAAUUUAUCUCAGGAGAAGUAGUGAAAAUGAGGAAAGAACUAUAAAUACAACCUCUUUGACCCAAAGUAUUAAAGGACUGAAGAAAUAUACCCAAUACAAGAUCGAGGUGUCUGCUAGUACACUCAGCGGUGAAGGAGUGCGGAGUGAGCCCCUAAAUGUACUGACUGAAGAAGAUGCUCCUGAUUCUCCCCCCCAAGACUUUUCUGUAAAACAGUUGUCUGGUGUCACGGUGAAGUUGUCAUGGCAACCACCCCUGGAGCCAAAUGGAAUUAUCCUCUAUUACACAGUUUAUGUCUGGGAUAGAUCGUCAUUAAAAACUAUCAAUGUAACUGAAGCAUCACUAGAGUUCUCAGAUUUGGACUAUGAUGUUGAAUAUAAUGCUUAUGUAACAGCUAGCACCAGGUUUGGUGAUGGGAAAAUGAGAAGCAGUAUCAUUAACUUUCGAACACCCGAGGGAGCACCAAGUGAUCCUCCCAAAGAUGUUCAUUAUGCAAAUCUCAGUUCUUCAUCAAUAAUGCUCUUUUGGAUGCCUCCUUCAAAACCUAAUGGGAUUAUACAAUAUUAUUCUGUUUAUUACAGAAAUACUUCGGGUACUUUUGUGCAGAAUUUUACACUCGAUGAAGUAACCAAUGACUUUGACAAUAUGACCGUAUCUGCAAUAAUAGAUGAACUGGCAAUAUUCAGCUACUAUACAUUUUGGGUAACAGCAAGUACUUCAGUUGGAAAUGGGAAUAAAAGCAGUGACAUAGUUGACGUAUAUACAGAUCAAGACAUACCUGAAGGGUUUGUUGGAAACCUAACUUACGAGUCCAUUUCGUCAACUGCAAUAAAUGUAAGCUGGAGCCCACCAUCUCAACCAAAUGGUCUAGUCUUCUACUAUGUUUCUCUGAGCUUACAGCAGACUCCUCGCCACGUGAGACCACUUCUUGUUACGUAUGAGAGAAGCAUGUAUUUUGAUAAUCUGGAAAAAUAUGCUGAUUAUAUAUUAAAAAUCACUCCAUCAACAGAAAAGGGAUUCUCUGAUACCUAUACUGCCCAGCUACACAUCAAAACUGAGGAAGAUGUCCCAGAAACUUCACCAAUAAUCAACACUUUUAAAAACCUUUCCUCUACCUCAGUUCUUUUAUCCUGGGAUCCCCCAGUAAAGCCAAAUGGUGCAAUAAUAAGUUAUGAUUUAACUUUACAAGGACCAAAUGAAAAUUAUUCUUUCAUUACCUCUGAUAACUAUCUAAUAUUGGAAGAGCUUUCACCAUUUACAUUAUAUAGUUUUUUUGCUGCUGCAAGAACUGUAAAAGGACUUGGUCCUUCCAGUACUCUUUUCUUUUACACAGAUGAGUCAGUGCCUUUAGCACCUCCUCAAAAUUUGACUUUAAUCAACUAUACUUCAGACUUUGUAUGGCUGAAAUGGAACCCAAGUCCUGUUCCAGGCGGUCUUGUUAAAAUAUAUAGUUUAAAAAUUCAUGAACAUGAAACUGAUACUGUAUUUUAUAAGAACAUUUCAGGUGUUCAAACUGAAGCCCAACUUUUUGGACUGGAACCAGUCAGCACUUAUUCUAUCAGCGUAUCUGCCUUUACAAAAGUCGGAAAUGGCAAUCAAUUUAGUAAUGUAGUAAAAUUCACAACUCAAGAAUCAGUUCCAGAUGUUGUACAGAACAUACAGUGUAUGGCAACUAGCUGGCGGUCAGCUUUAGUGAAGUGGGAUCCACCAAAAAAGGCAAAUGGAAUAAUUACACAUUAUCUGGUAACAGUUGAAAGGAAUUCUACAAAAGUCUCUCCCCAAAAUCAUAUGUAUACUUUCAUGAAACUUCUUGCCAAUACCUCAUAUGUCUUUAAAAUAAGAGCUUCAACCUCAGCAGGUGAAGGUGAUGAAAAAACAUGCAACAUCAGCACACUACCCGAAGCAGUUCCCAGUAUUCCCACAAAUAUUACUUUUUCUAAUGUUCAGGCCACUAGUGCAACAUUAACAUGGAUGAGACCUGACACUAUUUUUGGCUACUUCCAAAAUUACAAGAUAACCACUCAACUGCGGGCUCAGAAAUGCCUAGAAUGGGAUUCUGAAGAAUGUGUUGAAUAUCAAAAAAUUCAAUACCUUUAUGAAGCUGACCUAACUGAAGAGACAGUGUAUGGAUUAAAGAAAUUUAGAUGGUACAGAUUCCAAGUGGCUGCCAGCACCAAUGCUGGCUAUGGAGAUGCUUCAAAUUGGAUAUCUACACAAACCCUUCCUGGUCCUCCAGAUGGUCCUCCUGAAAGUGUGUAUGUAGUAGCAACAUCACCUUUUAGCAUCAACAUCAGCUGGAGUGAACCUGCCACCAUUACUGGACCAACAUUCUAUCUAAUUGAUGUCAAAUCGGUAGAUAGUGAUGAAUUUAAUGUUUCCUUCAUCAAGUCAAAUGAGGAAAAUAAGACCAUAGAAAUUAAAGAUUUGAAAAUAUUCACAAGGUAUUCUGUGAUGAUCACAGCAUUCACUGGAGACUUGAGUACUGCAUAUGUAGAUGGAAAGUCAAGUGCUGAAAUGAUUGUUACUACUUUAGAAUCAGUUCCCAAGGAUCCACCUAACAACAUGACAUUUCAGAAGAUACCAGACGAAGUUACAAAAUUUCAGUUAACAUUUCUUCCUCCUUCUCAACCCAAUGGAAAUAUUCAAGUCUACCAAGCUCUGGUUUACCGAGAAGAUGAUCCUACUGCUGUCCAGAUUCACAACCUCAGUAUUAUCCAGAAAACUGACACAUCUGUCAUUGCGAUGUUAGAAGGACUAAAAGGUGGACAUACGUAUAACAUCAGUGUUUAUGCAAUCAACAGUGCUGGCGCAGGGCCAAAGGUUCAGAUGAGAAUAACUAUGGACAUUAAAGCUCCAGCACGACCAAAAACCAAACCAAUCCCUAUUUAUGAUGCCACAGGAAAAUUGCUUGUGACUUCAACAACAAUUACAAUCAGAAUGCCAAUAUGUUACUACAAUGAUGAUCAUGGACCAAUCAAAAAUGUACAAGUGCUUGUAACAGAAGCAGGAGCUCAGCAUGAUGGAAAUGUAACAAAGUGGUAUGAUGCAUAUUUUAAUAAACCAAGGCCAUAUUUUACAAAUGAAGGCUUUCCUAACCCCCCAUGUAUGGAGGGAAAGACAAAGUUCAGUGGCAAUGAAGAAAUCUACAUCAUUGGUGCUGAUAAUGCAUGUAUGAUUCCUGGCAAUGAAGACAGAAUUUGCAAUGGGCCUCUGAAACCAAAAAAACAAUACUUAUUUAAAUUUAGAGCCACAAAUGUUAUGGGACAAUUUACUGAUUCUGAUUAUUCUGAUCCUGUUAAGACUUUAGGUGAAGGACUUUCUGAAAGAAGUGUAGAAAUUAUUCUUUCUGUCACUUUGUGUAUCCUGUCAAUCAUUCUUCUUGGAACAGCUAUUUUUGCAUUUGCAAGAAUUCGACAGAAGCAGAAAGAAGGCGGCACGUACUCUCCUCGAGAUGCAGAAAUUAUUGACACUAAAUUCAAGCUGGAUCAGCUCAUCACUGUGGCAGAUCUGGAACUGAAGGACGAGAGAUUAACGCGGCCGGUAAGCAAGAAAUCCUUCCUGCAACAUGUUGAAGAGCUUUGCACAAACAACAACCUAAAGUUUCAAGAAGAAUUUUCGGAACUACCAAAAUUCCUUCAGGAUCUUUCUUCAACUGAUGCUGAUCUGCCUUGGAACAGAGCAAAAAACCGCUUUCCAAACAUAAAACCAUAUAAUAACAACAGAGUGAAGCUGAUAGCUGAUGCUAGCAUUCCAGGAUCAGAUUAUAUCAAUGCCAGUUAUGUUUCUGGAUACUUAUGUCCAAAUGAAUUUAUUGCCACUCAAGGUCCAUUACCAGGAACAGUUGGGGAUUUUUGGAGAAUGGUAUGGGAAACCAGAGCGAAAACAUUAGUAAUGCUAACACAGUGUUUUGAAAAAGGACGGAUCAGAUGCCAUCAGUAUUGGCCAGAGGACAACAAGCCAGUUACCGUCUUUGGAGAUAUAGUGAUUACAAAGCUAAUGGAAGAUGUUCAAAUAGAUUGGACCAUCAGGGAUCUGAAAAUUGAAAGGCAUGGAGAUUGCAUGACUGUUCGACAGUGUAACUUUACUGCUUGGCCUGAGCAUGGGGUCCCUGAAAACAGUGCCCCUCUGGUUCACUUUGUAAAACUGGUUCGAGCAAGCAGAGCCCAUGACACCACACCUAUGAUUGUUCACUGCAGUGCUGGAGUUGGAAGGACUGGAGUUUUUAUUGCUCUGGACCACUUAACACAACAUAUAAAUGAUCACGAUUUUGUGGAUAUAUAUGGAUUGGUAGCUGAACUGAGAAGUGAGAGAAUGUGCAUGGUACAGAACCUGGCACAGUAUAUCUUUUUAUACCAGUGCAUUCUGGAUCUCUUAUCAAGUAAAGGAAGUAAUCAGCCCAUCUGUUUUGUAAACUAUUCAGCACUUCAGAAGAUGGACUCUUUGGAUGCCAUGGAAGGUGAUGUGGAGCUUGAAUGGGAAGAAACCACCAUGUAAAUAUCCAGACCAAAGAUUACAACUGGAAGAUAUUUUCAAAUCCCAAGGGCCAAAGUUUCCCCCUCACUCUUCUGAAUUGAAAUGUGCAACCUUAAAGAAAUCUCUCUGUUUCUGCUACUGUGCCUUUACUAAAUGGAUUGACAUUUUAGGAAUAGUCCUAGGACAUAGCUAAUUCAGGAUAGCUAUUUGUUUUAUACAGAAUUAUUAUGCACUUAAAAUGUUUAAGAAAAGAUAUCCCAGAGAUUUUGAAGUCUUCCGUAACUUUGGAAUGAGCCAAAUAGAAAAUUAUCAUUAUAUUAGCAUUAAUCUUUCCAGGUAAAUUUUCCCCACAUAUUGGAUUGAAUCUUGAACAAAAGUUGUAAAUAUUGAUUCGGUCAUGUUAUUUUGGCCUCCGUGGUGUUAACGUUUCUUGUGGAUAACUUCCAGGACUGUCAUAAUGAUCUGUACUUCCAUGUACACCCCUGUGUUUUUGAAUCCUCUAUUUUAUGAGUGCUGAGAUAUCAUCUCGUGAUCUCCAACAGCUGAACUGUAACCCCUUGACACUGCCCGGAUUACUUAGCCUUUAUACAACACACAGUAGCUCUUUGGGGACACUAAAGGCUAUUUCAGUUGCAUUGUGAUCUUUAGUUUGAAAACCAACAAGAAACGAAACAGUGCGAUUGCUCAUAGGAAGCUGUGGAGUACAUUUGUACUGUCUACAUCUGUACCUUUUUCAGGACCACUCUGUUGUAUAAUUAAAUACAUGGCUAAUGCAUCAGAGUAUUUGUACUUUAGAUGUCUAUUCAACCUAAUAUUAAUAGUUUUGAAAAGUCUCUCCAGCAGAAAUGUAUGAUGUAUGGCAAACUUGUAAACUGAUGAUGUGCUGCUGUGGUGCCAACAGAAACUUCUGAAUAGAUUACAUAAAAGGAUCUUUUUUCAUCUCCGAAGGUAGAUCAUUGAGGAGGAUAUUUGGUGAAACUACAAACAAAGAAAUUAGCCAGCUUGUAGCAAAUUAGAGAUUUUUAUUAACACAUUUCAACCUCCUUUUUGUUAGAUAGUGACAAUGUUCUAAGUAAUUUUGAACUAUAUGAAAUUAUUUUGUCAUAGAUUUCAAUUAAGGAUCAUAUAAUGAACUAGUAUCAAUUAUUCUAUUUCCUCUAUGAUAAGAAUUAUACCUUAUGCUUAUUUCUGGUGGCAUAUACAUAGAGAAAAUGUGAUGGCCAAUAAAAUUAAAUUUUAAGGCAUUGACUUACUUUGCAGCAUGAUUUCAGAGGUCCUUGUAUGUAUAAAUUUUAUUUUAUAUCACAUAUUGAGAUAUAAUUGAUAAUUCCCUUAAAUAAUAUAAUGAAGUAAAUUAUAUAUAAGUACAAUAUUAAUAAUGUGUUUACAUAUAAUCAUGUCCCAAAGUAACCAUAGGUAAUAAGAGAUUUUAAAAUCAAUUUAUUACCCAAGAAAUUAAAUUCUUUAAUCUUAUAAGUAGUCCUGCUUCUUGUUUUUCAUGGCAAAGCAGUGUAAUAAUACAAUCCACUAUUGUUCCAACCAAGCUUAUUCUAUAGAAAGUUACAGGACACAGUAAGAAAUGAGAAUUCUGAAAGAUUUAAGUUAGAGUAGAAGUUUCCUUCAUAUAUAAAUCAGUGAAAAAGUGUGAUGAGCCAGUACUUGUGAAUAUGGGGUUUUGUAUUCAUAGAAGACAGCCUUUGGGAAGUACUAAUGAGGUUACUUUUUAAUGAAUUGAAUUAUAAGAAAAUAAACAGUUCAAUCUACAGGCCAGCUCACUCUUUACAGUAUCUGUUUAAAACAGAGGUGUACAGCGUAGAGUUUCAGUUUGACCCAUGUGCAUAUGCACAUGUAUGUGUACAAAACAGAGUUUUAAUAUAAGACCUCUUCUAAAACAGUGCUGGUCAAACUCUACUGUGUCUACACAUCACCUGGGGAUUGUGUGAAAAUGCAGACUCUGUUUCAGUAGGUCCAGGGUAGGAUCUGAGAUUCUCCACGUCUAGUAAGUACUCAAGUUAUAAUACUGCUGCUGGAUCUCAGGCCAUACAUUGGAUAGCAAAUCUCUAAAAGACAUCAUGGGCAGAAUAAUCUCAUGUCCACCUGAAAUUAUUUGAAACCUGUUAAAAAAAGUUUUGUCUUCAUUCACAGAAAAAAAAAAAAAUUAGAACACCUGUUGAAUGGGUAUUGCUCACCAGGUCUAUCACAAUUUUAGGUCUAUACCUAGACCUAAAAUUGAAUUAAACCCCACAUAUUAAUGAUAGCUAAAUUUUCUAUUAAUGAUAUUGUGAAAUAGCCAAUAUAUAGACACAAGCUAUAGGUGGCUGCUAAGUGCAGAUUAGAAUAAUGAGGAACAUCUGUAACAUUUUUAGAUCAGAUUUGUCAAAAUACGUUGAAGCACAUGUACAAUAAAUGAGCAACAUGUGUUUCAUCUGAACCAAAUGAAACUGGAGCCUCUCAGAAUGGUUUGCCAGAGACGAGAGCAGCUGUUAGUAUCACCUCUACUUUCAUCCUGCUUUAAAACGCAUAAUUUUCUUCUUUCGGUUUAUAGGUGAAAUGUAUAAUAAGGCUUUUGAAAAAGGCUAAUUAAACCUUGCCCUCUUCAUAAAAAAGAUGGCAAUUUGCUCUCUGCAUCUGGUACCAAACACUAAAUUUUAAAAACGAAAUUUAAGUUCAGCAAAGCAUACAUCCUACAAGUCCACGACAUUAUUGUGGCAAGUCCAUUUCCAUGGGCCAACUUUCAGAAAACUCACAUGAGAUUUUUGAUGGAAACUGGAACACAAAAUACCUGAAAUUCUCAACUGAAUGAUAUGAAAAGGUGAAAAUAUGAAAAAAAGUUGAUAAAGCAUAAUCUUGGCAAAACAGAUCACCUUUUUAGGACAAGUAAUAUUUCAUGUUAAGUGACUUUGUAACCAUACAGAGUUUUCAUGUGGAAGCAGGAGUCACACACCUACCAGCUCAUGAAGAUGCUCUGAGGAAUAGAUUAGAUUGCACAUAUCAAAGUGUUUCAUAAAAGUACAAUUAACUCUGCAAAGUUAAUCUUUUACCCAGACUGGUCCGUGUGUAAUGUUUAUCAAUAAGAUAGAGCAUCCCAUUUUUAGAUUGUAUUAUAUUUUUUGAUAUUCGUGCCAUAUUUAUAUGUCAUAUACUGUGUAUGUUUCACAUGCACUUAUUGAAAAUUAUGGCAUUUAGAUUGACUUCUGCUAAAUAAGACAAUUGAUUUCAUGAAUGAUUUGAGCAUUCUCAAGGAAUUCUGAAUUAAGAUGAAUAGGUAGUCAUGUGCACAAAUAACAUAAAAUGUGAUGUGAAAAACAAGUCAAGAAAAUUUUGAUUUGGACAUUCCAACUAGAUAUUUUGAAUCAGUGUCUGCAAUUCAGUCAUUUGAAAAUAAACCUGUUACCUAAUGCAAGGUAACAAAAAAUCAUUAUUCUCCUCUUAACAAUACUAUGUUUCUAUUUUAAUUUUCACUGAAAGUAUUUUUGGAUUAGAAAAUAAUUUUAGUAAAUUAUAAACUUUUUAGAAUACUUUUAUAUACAUCAUUCCCAAUUAAUUCUUACAAAAUCCAUUAAGAUCUGCAGAGUCCCAUAUUACAGAUGGAUAUAAUGAAAGUUUAAUUGCUGUGCCUGAGACUAUGUUUAGCAAGAAUGGGAGCUGCAUAUCAUAAUCAAGUUACUGAAAGUGGAUAAUAAAGGUAGAAGUUUUAAAGACAACAAAGAAAAUAGAGACCUGAUAUUCAGGGGUUCAAAGAUAAGAAAAUACACUAAAUUCCACUCAGAAAUAAUUUAAGUCAAUAGAAAAUGCAAUGAUGUAUUCAAAGCGCUGAAAGUACCUCCUAAACCUAAGGACAACUACAUAAAGCUAGAGUUAAUAGCAUUCUUAAUAGUAAAAUAUUGAAGGCCUUCAGCCAAGAUCAAGAAAAGGCAAAAAAAAAAAAAAAAAAAAAAAAAAAAA